AUGGCAAAUACAGGCCUUUUGCCUUUUGUUCGAGGAGUUGAUUUUACUUGUAAUGACUUCAGUGGUGACAAAUUCCCCGAUGCUAUUCGUUAUAUGACCGGACUUCAGUGGCUAAGGCUUGAUAAAACAAAUUUAGCAGAUAUACCAGAAGAAUUGGGAAAGCUUAUGAAAUUGGAAAAUUUAUCUUUAAAAAAGAAUAAUUUGGAAAAGUUAUUUGGUGAGCUUACUGAACUGAAGUGCUUACGCUCAUUGAAUGUAAGGCACAAUAAUGUCAAAAGCUCUGGGAUUCCUGCAGAGCUAUUUAAGCUUGAGGAGCUCACAACUCUUGACUUGUCGCAUAAUCGACUUAAGGAAGUGCCAGAAGGUCUUGACAAAGCUAAAUCAUUGUUGGUUUUGAACCUCAGUCAUAACAAAAUUGAGAGUAUCCCACCAACUCUGUUUGUACAGUUAACAGAUUUAUUGUUCCUUGAUCUCUCCAAUAAUUUACUGGAGACUCUUCCCCCUCAAACUAGAAGGCUGGCGAAUCUUCAGACCCUAAUACUUAACGACAAUCCCUUAGGACUAUUUCAACUAAGACAAUUGCCCUCACUUCAAAGCCUAGAGACAUUGCACAUGCGUAAUACACAGAGAACGCUGGCCAAUCUACCAACAUCCCUCGACACUCUCUGCAAUCUUUCGGAUGUGGAUCUUUCAAAAAAUGCAUUGACCAAAGUACCAGAUGCACUAUACACAUUGCAAAGCCUUAAAAGACUGAAUCUGAGCGACAAUGAGAUCACAGAGAUAUCUUCAGCAAUGGACAUCUGGCAGAAGUUGGAAUGCCUCAACCUCUCGCGCAACAAGUUGGCCGCCCUGCCCGCUUCGCUGUGCAAGCUGCAGAAUCUCCGGCGGCUGCACGUCGACGACAACCAGCUCGACUUCGAGGGCAUCCCGUCCGGAAUAGGCAAGCUGGGCAGCCUCGAAGUGUUCUCGGCCGCGAACAACUCGUUGGAGAUGAUACCGGAAGGCCUGUGUCGUUGCGGCGCUCUGAAGAAGCUGAACCUGAGCUGCAACAAGCUGAUCACUCUGCCGGAUGCGGUGCACCUACUGAGCGACCUCGAGAGCCUCCAACUGCACGGCAACCCAGACCUGGUGAUGCCCCCCAAGCCGGUGGAGCAACCGAGGGGAGCCGGCCUCCAGUACUACAACAUAGACUUCUCGCUGCAAGCGCAACUCCAGCUAGCAGGCGCGGCCUCCGCUGAGCCCACCACGCCGACCAGUAAACCUAAACGCUGGGACGAGAGUUUGGAGAAGCCGCCGUUGGAUUACUCGGAGUUCUUCGACGAGGACACGGGCCAGACUGCCGGUCUGCAGGUGUGGGAGAUCGAGAACUUCAUACCGGCACCAGUCGACGAGGUGGCGCAUGGCAAGUUCUUUGAAGGCGACUGCUAUAUCAUACUGAAAACAUCUAUAGAGGAGCAAGGCCAACUAUCCUGGGAUAUUCACUUCUGGAUUGGAUCGAAGGCAACGCUGGACAAGGGCGCGUGCGCGGCGAUGCACGCGGUGAACCUACGGAAUCUGCUGGGCGCGAAGCGGACGCAGCGGCACGAGCAGGGCGACGAGACGCCAGAGUUCCUCGCGCUGUUCCCCACGCCGCCCGUCUACAUCCAGGGCAGCAGGACGCCCUCGGGAUUCUUCACCGUCGACGACCCGCACUACGUCACGCGACUGUACCGCGUGCACGGCGCCGGGAGCAGCAUCCACCUGGAGCCAGUUCCGGUGGCAGCCUCCUCCCUGGACCCCAGAUACGUCUUCGUGCUGGACACAGGCCUCGCUAUCUAUCUCUGGAAUGGCAAGAAAGCGAAGAACACGCUGAAGUCUAAAGCACGCCUCUUCGCCGAGAAGAUCAACAAAGAGGAGCGCAAGAACAAAGCGGAGCUGAUCGCCGAGCCGCCAGGGAAGGAACCUCGGGCCUUCUGGAAGAUCCUCGGCUACGAGGAUGAGGAACCUUUCGUGCCUCAAGAGCACGUGGCGGAGGAUUUCGCGUGGGCACCGCCGCGGCUGUACCGCGUGGAGCUGGGCAUGGGCUACCUGGAGCUGCCCCAGCCGGAGGGCGCGCCCCUCGCCAGGGACGUGCUGGCGACGCGCAACGUGUACAUACUGGACGCGCACAUCGACGUCUUCGUUUGGUUCGGCAAAAAGUCCUCGCGGCUGGUCAGAGCGGCCGCUGUGAAACUGGCCCAAGAGCUGUUCAACAUGGUCACCAGACCGGCCCACGCCCUCGUCACCAGGCUGCAGGAGGGCACCGAAACCCAGGUGUUCAAGACCUACUUCCUCGGCUGGGAGGAGGUGAUUGCGGUCGACUUCACCCGGACCGCCGAGUCCGUCGCCCGCACCGGCGCAGACCUCGCCAGCUGGGCGAAGCAGCAGGAGACUAAGACGGACCUGUCCGCGCUGUUCACGCCGCGCCAGCCGGCGAUGCCCGCCGCCGAGGCGAAGGCGCUCGCCGACGAGUGGAACGAGGACCUGGAGGCGAUGGAGGCGUUCGUGCUGGAGGGGCGCCACUUCGUGCGGCUGCCCGACACCGAGCUGGGCGUGUUCCACAGCCACGACUGCUACGUGUUCCUCUGCCGAUACGUGCUGCCCGCCGAGGCGGAGGAGGAGAGCGCGGAGACGUGGUGCGAGGCGGAGGGCGAGGACGGCGAGGGCGCCACGUGGGUGGUGUACUUCUGGCAGGGCCGCAAGGCGCCCAACAUGGGCUGGCUCACGUUCACCUUCGGCCUGGAGCGCAAGUUCAAGCAGCUGUGCCGGCGGCUGGACGUGGUGCGCACCCACCAGCAGCAGGAGAGCCUCAAGUUCAUGGCGCACUUCCGGCGGCGCUUCGUCGUCCGCGACGGCAAGAGGAACCAGCGGACGGAGGGCGUGCGACCGCCCGUAGAACUGUUCGAGCUCCGAAGCAACGGCUCGGCGCUCUGCACCCGCCUCGUUCAGGUAAAGGCGGACGCCACACAGCUCAACAGCGCCUUCUGCUACAUUCUGAACGUACCGCUUGAGGGGAGCGGUGACGAGUCUUCGUCCAUCGUGUACGUUUGGAUCGGAAACGGAAGUGACGCCGACUCGGCGCGACUCAUCGAGCAGAUCGCAGAGGAGAAGUUCAACAAUCCUUGGGUCAGCCUUCAGGUGCUGACGGAGGGCAACGAACCGGACAACUUCUUUUGGGUGGCGCUCGGCGGUCGCAAACCUUAUGACACUGACGCCGACUAUCUGAACUACACGCGCCUCUUCCGCUGCUCCAACGAAAAGGGCUACUUCACCGUCUCAGAAAAAUGCACGGAUUUCUGUCAGGACGAUUUGGCAGACGACGACAUAAUGAUACUGGACAAUGGCGAGCAAGUGUUCCUAUGGCUUGGCGCCAAAUGCUCCGAGGUAGAGAUCAAACUCGCCUACAAAUCCGCUCAGGUCUACAUUCAACACAUGAAGACAAUGCAACCAGACCGCCCUAGGAAACUCUUCCUCACUUUAAAAGACAAGGAGUCCCGUCGAUUUACCAAGUGCUUCCAUGGCUGGGGGGAGCAUAAGAGACCUCCUGAG